GGGGAACUGCACCCCUCCGUCAAGUGCAGGGGCAUCUGGAGGUGCUUCUGCCCCGACAGCCCCCCACACAGGCGCUCCGGCACCUCUGAGCUCCUAAGGGCCCUAGAGGAGCUCCUCAACGCAUCCGCAACCUUCCAUGACCGCUUCCAUCACGAUGCGGAUCGCCACCUGCCUGAGACAAGAGGCUUGAAGCUCCCGGCCUAAGCACCAGCAGAAGAACUUGCUUGAAGCAAGCCCAGGGAGCUCAGUGACAGCCCCGCCCCUCACCCUCCUCGGCCCGCCCCUUCCGCCCCCUGGGGCGGGGCUAAGAGCGGCUUGCCCCGGAAGUCCGGAACUGAGCCGGAAAUUAAGCGCCGCUGGGCGCUGCUCCUCCCUCCUUCGGCGCGCGACAGCGUCCUGGUUUUCCGCGCCCCAAUUUGGAUGUUCACUCCCAACUCUUACGAGGUACUGUGUCCCCACCCCAUUUCCCCAGCCCAAUUUCAGCUGCAAAUUACUGCAGAACCUGAACCGAGGAAAGGAACCUAUUUCCCGCUCCGGUCUGCCCCUCUCCGGACCCGGCGAGGCCCAGGUGAGGUUCUCGCCCGCUUUCCAGCCUCACCUUCCACACUCCCCUGCCCGUCCCCCGGGGUUCCUCCGCCGCCCGACCAUGGCCCAGAAGCCGAAGGUAGACCCCCACGUCGGCCGGCUGGGAUACCUGCAGGCGCUGGUCACGGAAUUCCAGGCGACCGAGAGCCAAGACGCCAAGGAGCAAGUACUGGCCAACCUCGCCAACUUCGCCUAUGACCCCAGUAACUACCAGUAUCUGCGGCAGCUGCAGGUCCUGGACUUAUUCCUCGAUUCACUGUCGGAGGAGAAUGAGACCCUGGUGGAGUUUGCUAUUGAAGACCAGGGCUUAGGAGCCUAAGUUUGCGGGUGAAGUGCUGGGGCAGCCGCACCUUCUCGUGCACACAGUGGUCGUACUUCAUCAGAGGGCUGGUGCAGAUGAAGACCUCGGUGCUGCUGGGGGGGGGGGGGCGGUUAGACAGGGUGAUGCCAGCGCCUGCUCCCCACCCCCUCCCUCCCCGCCCUUCCUCACUCCUGCAUGUCAUUCAUCUCCCGCAUUGCUUCCAAGGCUCCAGGGAUGGGCUCCAAGUCUAGGAAAAAGCCUGGGGCUUCAUACACACUGGCCACUUUGUCCUGAAAGAUACAGUGUUCCUGUCCUGGCUCUGAUCCCAGCAGACCUCUCCAGCCCCAGCGAGGACUCUCAAAGUGAAGUUCCUGGGGCGCUUCGGUCCCCAAAUCAGAGUCUCAGGUAGAGGACUUUGUUCAGGGGUAAGUACUCCCCCAGACUGUCUAGUCCUGAGGUGAACUGUGGAUUCUGAAGUGAGAGCUUUGUUAAUUUUAAACAGGAAGGUGUCACUGGACAUGGAGCAGAGACAGUCCUGACCCAAGGGGAGGUCUCCCCGCUCCCAGGUGUCCUGUGGGGUCGGGGCUCCCCGCUCCAGGGCGGCCCCGCGCCGCCGGCCCCCCCCCCCCCCCUACCGCCAGGUCCGGGCGCAGGGCUCGGUACUGCUCGCAGGCGAGGAAGCCGCGGCGCUCCUGCAGCGGCACGUACGGCUCCCGGGGGAAGCUUCGGCGGAAGCCCCGCAGGAGGCCGGCCUCGAAAUCCGCCAGAACGCCGUCCAUGUCCACCAGCACCCGCACUGGCCGCCCGCGCCGCGCAGCCAUCUGCAACGCCAUCGCAGCUAGGCAGGCGGCCCGGCGGAAAUGUGGCCCCGGGAGCCGCCGCGCGGAGCUGGGCAAGGGGACUGCAGCUUCCGGAGCCGUGGGGUGGGCGGGCCCGACCGCGGCUGAUUUGCAUGGGCAGCCCUGUUUCGGGGGGGUGGGGGGCGGCGUGGCGAUGGCUUGGGCUGCUUUCUGGUCUGAGGACGCACCUACGUGCACAUCAGCAGCCUUCCACGCUGUAGCAGACGUCCUCGCUCACCCCGAAUGUUACUCGGGGCAGAACUUCCAGGGGCCCGACAGGAGGGACUAUCCUAAAUACUGGGAAGCGUCGUCUAACAAGGAGUCAAGCCUCCUUAAACCUGAGACGCCAUACCUGCGCACCCUGCUGUGGGGACCGGAGCAGAGCUUCCGCCCCGUCACGGCAGCACCAACCCACGGCCCGAAUCACGGGGACUCCCAGUAACGGUUAGAAGUGAAUGAAUCUGCUGAAGACAACUGGUUCGUGUGAGCAGAGCUCCUCAGAGACGAAUUCAUAAACCAGAGUUGGCGUGAAACAUGGGAGCAUCUGCUUUAAACAUCCAGUUCCACCUGGAAGAGGCGAUUUUUCCACCAGGCUCAGGUAAUCGGGACAGUCCUUUCUGUGGACCUGACAGGUCUCUAGGAUCGGCAGCUCCACCCUCCUCUAGAAAUUGCUGAGCAUUGCUAAGUUUUGUUGACUCUCCUUUUCGUAGAUUUCACACAAUUUCCUGACUACAUGUAAAUAUAUUUACCUACAGACUAGAUUCGGAUUUGAGUAAGUGACCCAUCUUCCUGUAGUUCCCCACCUCAGCACCCCAAUAUGUCUAAACCCAAUGGAACAGAAGCAUAAGGAAGGGGAGCCUGGCGAUCUAAUUUUAAAAUGCUAAAGACGUAGAAUAGACAUCAGCAGUAAACACCAAGCCACUUGAGACACAUAACUGUGUAAAAAGUCCACACUGUCAACAAAAUGCUGAUUCUUCUGCCAUCGUCAUCAUUUUAAGAUCAUUCAACUUCAUCUUCUAAACCCUAAGCUUUCUAACUGGAAAAUUCAACACCCUUAGCAAACAUGUUUACAUAGAAUUUUCUAAAAUCUGUAAUAGUACCAAAAUGACUGGCAGAACACCUUUAGGCUAGGCACUUACCUUCACAGAAUAAAAAACUAAAGCCAAGUUACAAGUUGUGACACAAAUCAGGGACCUCUCUUGCCCAGGAGCUCCACCAUUACUGAGAGAAAAGGGUGCAGGUUCCCUAUCUCUGAAGUCAUGACAAACCGUAACUCAGGUGAUUGGUAGGGCUAACCUGUUCUGGUGAACCUGGAAAGACUGUGUAGCACAGCUGUUGAUUUUCCAUUUUGCAAAUACUUUACACAGUAAGGGAGAAACACUUAACACCUCCACAACCUAUGGUCACCCUUAUUCUUCCCAAAGACAUGCCCAGUAAGUCAGAAUAGCUGGUGGUUACACACUAGGUUUGAGUCAUUUCAGUCAUGGGAAGGUUUUUAGAGGUGACCUCAUUCAAAAGUCUUACUUUUAAGUUAGGAACCUGAGCUCCCAAAUGACAAGCCCAAGGCACAUAGCUGGUCGGUAGCACCGCUAGACCUAAAAAGCCGAUUUACAGUGCCCAGUGGACACUUAAUAUAGCAUGUUGGUCUGGAACUUUCUGCCUAGCACCUAGUGAGCUUUCUCCCAUCUUCUGUCUCCUGUAUCACUUGAGAGGACUCAGAUGACCCUGUUGCCUUCUAUCUACGUGGACCCUUCCUUUCUUUGGAGCCUUCUUCUCUGACCACCCACCAUUGAGAAGCACCCUACAGGCAUGAGAGGGCUUGAAAUUUUGAAUGUUAGCACCCAGCACAGGAGGGUACGUCGUAGAAGAGUGUAAAGGGUAUUGGCUAAUAAUUAUUUUGGAUACCAAUCAUCCAUAUUAUUCCUGUAUUUUAUUACCAGAGAGCCAUUAAUUUUCAUUUUGGCAUUCUGAACUCGUGCUCUCUGACUUGAAAGCUGCUUUCUUCAGAGAGAAGCCCACUUCUCUCUGGGCCUUCCUUAGUGUGUUUUAACUUUAAUGGCUCAUCAAAUCAUUGGGCAACAAGGUUGAUAGUAACAAAGAAAAAAGCAACUAAGCAAGUAGAACUCCUGAAACAAUCUCAAAAAGAUGACACAGGACACGGUGUUUCAAAAUUUGUACAUUGUUUACUUUAAGCAACAGUCCAGGAUUGUGAAGUACAACACAUUUUAAGGAUGAGACUUUCUUUCAUGGUCAAGCACCAGCAUCAUGCACACAGCUUCAAGUUAUCUAAGAAGAGCACUGCCCCCGGGGCGGGGGGGGGGGGUCCCUUCACCAGGAAGUCCCACUUCCAUGUGGUCCCCACCCCUGCUUCACCACCUGGAGUUCGUCAGUCUGAGCGCACAGCGAAGCCUCCCUCUGCGUGGGAGCAGCAGGCUUUGCUCAGACAGCCAAGUUAGUAUCUGGCUGAAAUAUUUCUCAAGGUUCAGAAAUGAAAGGCAGUUGUUUGUUUUGUGUUUUUGCUUUGCAGGCAGCAAGGCAUGGGGCGCAGGCCUCUGUCGCUCCAUAUGGCACAGGAAGAUGCUUUUUGCAACGGGCACUGACAAGUUAGGGCAACACCAGGUAGGUUCAGCAUCAAGACACCCUUGUUUGGGGGGCCUGAAGGGACAGCGCCUGUGGACCGUUUACUGGCCUGUCCGAUCCAGGCUUGGUAAACCCUAGUAAAGCUGACAAGAAAAGGGUUUUAAAAACCUCAGUACAAAAGAUCCUCUAACACAUUUGAAACCAAUUUAUCUGUUCUUAAAAACACGGUGCUAAGUGUCACAAAGCUUUCCCUCCAAUCUACUACUAGAAAACACUCAUGCCAAGGCCUAUAGACCCAGAGGAAUCAGGACAGACAGAGAACCUGUUCUUCCAAAAUAAAAAAAGACAGCAGUACAUAAAGUGCUUCUUUUUUAAUGAAACAAAUCCAAAACAUGUACAGUCAGGCUCAAGUUGUGCAGUUCACAAGCAUGGAGAAAACAAAGAAACGAAA